AAACAAGAGGAAAAAUCUCCCAAUCAGGAAUCCACGUGUUAUCCAUUGAACAAGGAAACAGCAAUGGAAUCAGAUUCUGCUUCUAGUGCUCAUCUGCUUGUUUACACUGUUUUACCUAAUGGAGAAAUUGUUGCAGACACUGACAAGCUUGAGAUUGAAAACUGUUUUGCCAACAAGGUAAAUUUGAGAUUCUCCUCAGCUCAGAGCCUGCCAGCCUCAAACACCCACCUGAAGGUGACAGCCCCCCCCCUUUGUGCCCUCCGUGCUGUAGACCAGAGUGUGCUGCUAAUGAAGCCUGAAGCUGAGCUCUCACCUCAAUCUGUCUAUAACUUGCUACCAGUAAAGAGUCCAUUUACCUUUAGAGUUGGAGGUCCUGCGGAUGAAUAUGAUGAAGAGUGCAACAACACAAAAGACACAACUCACAGGGGAAUCACUUCCACACCAAAGCAAGUCCUGGAGGGGGAUGACAUUUACAGUAUCUUCAAGUCCAUAGGAUUAGAUAUUUUUACCAACUCAAAAAUCCAUAAGCCAACUUUGUGUCUACCACAAGGAUUGCGUAUCAGCAUAAUAGGAGGAGCCGUAGAAAUAAUGUACCCAACGAUCGAAGAAGAACCUCAGAUAUUGCAAGUGAAAGAGAUAGUCCGGAAGUACUUCUCUGAGACCUGGAUCUGGGAUUUGGUGGUAGUUGACUCAUCAGCUGUAAGUGACCUGGUGGGGCAGGUCCCUCACACCAUCACAGAGUGGAAGGCCAGCGCAUUCUGCUUGUCUGGAACCAUAGGGUUUGGCCUCUCUCCUAUCGUGUCUCUUCAAGCCUUCCAGCCUUUCUUCCUAGAGCUCACCCUUCCUUAUUCUGUGGUGCGAGGAGAAGCCUUCACACUCAAAGCCACUGUGUUUAACUACUUGUCCAUCUGCAUUCGGGUCAUUGUGCAGCUGGAGGUCUCUCCCGCUUUCCUGGGUCCAACAGAGAAGAAUGAAGAAUCUCACUGUGUCUGUAGAAAUGGGCAGAAAACCGUGUCCUGGGUUGUGACUCCGAAGUCACUGGGAAAGGUGAAUUUCACAGCCACUGCAGAAGCUGUGCAUUCUCAGGAAGUGUGUGACAAUGAGUUGACUGACAUCCCACCACUUGUGCAGAAGGACACUGUAGUCAAGCCCUUACUAGUUGAGCCUGAAGGAAUAGCAAAGGAGGAAACUUUCAACACGCUGCUCUGUGCAUCAGAUACUGGAGUACCUGAAAAUGUGUCACUGAAUGUUCCGUCAAAUGUGGUUGAAGGAUCUCCAAGGGCAACAUAUUCAGUCUUAGGAGAUAUACUAGGCUCUGUAGUGCAAAACUUUCAGAACCUUCUUCAGAUGCGCUAUGGUUGUGGAGAGCAGAAUAUGGUCCUUUUUGUCCCUAACAUUUAUGUUCUAAACUAUCUAAAUGAGACACGACAGCUGACAGAGAAGAUCAAGGCCAAAGCCACUAGCUACCUCGUCAGUGGGUACCAAAGGCAAUUGAAUUAUAAGCACAGAGAUGGUUCCUACAGCACCUUUGGGGACAAUUAUGGUAGCUGUCAGGGAAACACUUGGCUCACUGCAUUUGUGCUCAAGUUCUUUGUUCAAGCCCAAUCGUACAUCUUUGUGGAGAGCUCACACAUCAGGGAUGCCCUCACCUGGCUUUCACAGAGACAAAAGGCAGAUGGUUGUUUCGAAGGCUCUGGAUCACUGCUCAACAAUGCCAUUAAGGGUGGGGUGAACGAUGAGGUGACACUCUCUGCCUACAUCACCAUUGCUUUGCUGGAGAUGCCUCUGCCUGCCACUCACGCAGUGGUCCGCAGCGCCCUAUCCUGCCUUGACACAGCCUGGAGCUCCACCUCAGAGGCCCAAGGAAGUCUUGUCUAUACCAAAGCAUUAUUGGCCUAUGCCUUUGCCCUAGCAGGAAACAAAGUCAAGUGAAGAGAGUUGCUUGAAUCAUUAAACAGAGAGGCUGUGAAAGAAGAGGAUUCGAUCCACUGGCAAUGUCCUGGGAAACUUCACGAAGCUAAGACCCUCUAUUCUCAACCCCGGGCUCCCUCUGUGGAAGUAGAGAUGACAUCUUAUGUGCUCCUUACCUAUCUUACUGUCCAGCCUGCCCCAUCUUCAGAGGAACUGUCUGUGGCAUCACGUAUUGUGAAGUGGAUUACCAAGCAGCAAAAUCCCCAAGGGAGCUUCUCCUCCACUCAGGACACAGUGGUGGCUCUUCAAGCCCUCUCCAAAUAUGGAACAGCAACUUUUACUAAAAGUGAGAAAGCAGCUUUGGUCACCGUCAAGUCUUCAGAUACCUUUUCUAAAGACUUCCAAGUAGAUGAUGGCAACCGCCUAGUGCUGCAGGAGGUCCGGUUGCCAGAGGUUCCAGGGGAGUACAGCACAACCAUGUCAGGGUCGGGAUGUGUGUACCUCCAGACAUGCCUGAGAUACAACAUCCUUCCCAAGAAAGAAGGGAAAACACCCUUUGCUCUGCAGGUUAAUACUCUCCCCACAAAUUGUGAUGGAGUGGAUGCUCACAGAACAUUCCAGAUUCACAUCAACAUUGGUUCUACUGGGGACCGACCCAGUUCCAACGUGGUCAUUGUUGAUGUGAAGAUGGUAUCAGGCUGCAUACCUAUGAGAGCAUCAGUUAAAAAGCUAACCCAUCAAACCCUGCAUUUUUCCUUCUUUGUGGAACAAGACAUCCAAAUAAAGAAUUUAAAAUCAGCCACAGUAAAAGCCUAUGAUUAUUAUGAGACAGAUGAAUUCACCUUUGAAGAAUACAAUGCCCCUUGCAGUGCUGAAUCUGAACAAAGAAGUGCUUGCAAACAGCAACUUACGGACCUCAUCGGGUGAACUUCUCCAGAAAUGAAGAACAGACUCAUCAAUAGAGAGGACAGUGAGAGAAAGAAGGGAAGAUCAUUGGAAAUUCAAAAAAAUUCAUUUGUUAAAUCACAGAAAAGCUAUACAAAGAGGUACACUCGAAAACACUAUAGAUGAACUAAAGCAAAAUUUUUAAAAAUGUCAAUUGAACCACAAAAAGGAAAAAGAAAACAGUUUUUCCAAACAUUGGAAACAACAAAAAGUUCAUCAGUAGAUGAAUGGUUUGGCAACCAUACAACAUAGUUCUGCUGGACAACGAAGAGGAACAAACGAUUGACAUACACAACGACUUAAGUGGAUCUCAAAAGCAUUAGGCUGUGUGGGAAAAAAGCCAGUCUCAAAAGGUCACAAUCUGUAUGAUUUCUUUUAUACAACAUUCCUUAAAUGACAAAAUUCGUGGUUAC